UAAUUUUAAACCUUAUAGCCAGACAUUGGAUUCAAGGACAGCCCAAGCAAACCUAGCCUGGUCUCAUGAUUAGAGAACAGCAAAGCUUAACUAGCCUUGGAAUUCCAACGUGCACCACCUGCCACUUGUAAAGAAACAGUGACAUUGGAGGAUGUGGCUGUGGACUUCACCAUGGAGGAGUGGGCUUUGCUGAAUCCAUCCCAAAAGAAGCUCUACAGAGACGUGAUGAGGGAAACUUUUAGGAACAUGGCUGCUCUAGGAGGAGCCUGGGAUAACUGGCAAGGAGAGUAUAAAAAUGCCUGGAGUCAUCUAAGAAAUGAAGAGUUGGAGAAAGGCUACCCACGAAAUAUGCCCACCAUAGAUCACAGUGGACUGAAGACAUCUGAGUAUUUGGGGUCAGAAGAGAAGCUAUUUAAGUGUAAUGAAUGUGGAAGAACCUGCACUGACUUCCACGCCUUUCAGAAGGAUGCACGGAUAAAGACUGGAGUGGAACCCUAUGAAUAUGAUCAUUGUGAGAAAUCCUACACUGAUCUUAGUGAAAGAACUCACCUUAGGGAGAAGACCUUUCUAUGUAAGGAAAACUUGAGAGCCUCCAGCACACCCAGUGAUGUUCAGGUCUGUGAAAGAAAUCACAAUGGAGAGAAUCCCUAUGUGUGUAAGCAGUGUGGGAAAGCUUUUAGUACACACGGUCAUUGUAAAACACAUGAAAAAAUUCACACAGGGGAGAAUCUCUAUGUAUGUAAACAGUGUGGGAAAGGUUUUAGUACACAUAGUGAUCAUCAAAUACAUGAAAGAAUUCACACUGGGGAUCAACCCUGUGUAUGUAAGCAAUGUGGAAAAUCUUUUGCCACAUAUAAUGAUUUUCAAAAACAUGAAAGAGCACACACUGUAGGGAAAACCUAUGUAUGCAAGCAAUGUGGGAAAGCUUUUAGUACACAAAGUCAUUGUAAAAGGCAUGAGAACAUUCACACUGGGGAAAAACCUUAUGUAUGUAAGCGAUGUGGAAAGGCUUUUAGAAAACCUUAUCAGUGUCAAGUACAUGAAAGAACUCACACUGGGGAGAAACCGUAUGUAUGUAAGCAAUGUGGGAAAGCUUUUAGUACACGAGGUUGUUGUAAAAUACAUGAAAGAAAUCACACAGGGGAGAAACCCUAUGUAUGUAAACAAUGUGGGAAAGCUUUUAGUACACAUACUGAUCAUAAGACACAUCAAAGAACUCACACUGGGGAGAAACCAUAUGUAUGUAAGCAAUGUGGGAAAGCUUUUAGUACACAAAGUCAUUGUAAAAAACAUGAAAGAAUUCACACUGGAGAGAAACCUUAUAUAUGCAGGCAUUGUGGAAAAGCUUUUAGCACACGUGGUGAUUGUCAAAAACAUGAAAGAAUUCACACUGGUGAAAAACCGUAUGCAUGUAAGCACUGUGGAAAGGCUUUUAGAAGACAUAAUCAUUGUCGAAUACAUGAAAGAACUCACACUGGAGAGAAGCCCUAUGUAUGUAAGCAGUGUGGGAAAGCCUUUAGUACACAAGGCUGUUGUAAAAUACAUGAAAGAAAUCACACAGGGGAGAAACCCUAUGUAUGUAACCAAUGUGGGAAAGCUUUUAGUACACAGGGUUGUUAUAAAAUACAUGAAAGAACUCACACUGGGGAGAAACCCUAUGUAUGUAGACAGUGUGGGAAAGCUUUUAGUAUACAAAGAAAUUGUAAAACACAUGAAAGCCUUCACACUGGGGAGAAACCCUAUGUAUGUAAGCAAUGUGGGAAAGCUUUUAGUACACAAGGUAAUUGUAAAACACAUGAAAGAACACAUAGUGCAGAGAAACCCUAUGUAUGUAAGCAAUGUGGGAAAGCUUUCAGUAAAUGUGAGUAUUACAAACUACAUGAAAGGACUCACACUGGGGAGAAACCCUAUGUAUGUAAGCACUGUGGGAAAGCUUUUACUACACAAAGUCAGUGUAAGAUACAUGAAAGAACUCACAGUGGAGAGAAACCCUAUGUAUGUAAGCAAUGUGGGAAAGCUUUUAGUACACAAAGUCAUUGUAAAAUACAUGAAAGAAUUCACACUGGGGAAAAACCGUAUGCAUGUAAGCAUUGUGGGAAGGCUUUUAGCAGAGAUAGUCAUUGUCGAGUACAUGAAAGAACUCACACUGGGGAGAAACCCUAUGUAUGUAAGCAAUGUGGGAAAUCUUUUAAUACACAAAGUCAGUGUAAAAUACAUGAAAGCAUUCAUACUGGUGAGAAACCCUAUGUAUGUAAGCAGUGUGGGAAAGCUUUUAGUACAAAAGGUAAUUAUAAAAAACAUGAAAAAACCCACAGUGAGGAUAAACCAUAUGUAUGUAAACAUUGUGGGAAAGCUUUCAAUAACAGUGCAAAUUGUAAAAUACAUGAAAGAAUUCACACUGGGGAGAAACCCUAUGCAUGUAAGCAAUGUGGGAAAGCUUUUACUACACAAAGUUAUUGGAAAAUACAUGAAAGAAUUCACACCCAGGACAAAGUCUACGCAUGUAAGCAGUGUGGGAAAGCUUUCAUCAAACAUGGUGAUUGUCAGAAACAUGAAAGAACUCACAGUAGAUAGUAAACCUGUGUGUAUAAGCAAUGUGGGAAAGUUUUUAAUACAAAAGCUUAUGGUGAACUACAUUUAAAAAUGCAUUAGGCAGAAACUAAGCAAUAUGGGAAAGCUCUUUUAUACAAGAUUAUUGUAAAUGCCAAGAAAGAACUCACACUGGGGAAAAUCCCUAUGUAUGUAAGCAACAUCAGAAAGCUUUAACCAUAAAAAGUACUGUUUAAACACAUGAAAGAAGUCUCAUAGGAGAAAGCCAUAUAUCUAUAUCCAUAUAUAUAUAUAUAUAUAUAUAUAUAUAUAUGUGCAUGCAAUGUGGAAAAGUUUUUAGCACAGCUGGUGAUUGGCAUUAAUGCCAUAUAUGAAAGCACCUUGGAAAAACUUUCAGCAUUCAUGGUGUUUGCCAAAGACAUAGCUCACAAUGGAUGGAAACUGUGUAAAAGAUGUGGGAAAGCUUUUGACACGCACAUGUAUUGUGAAAUGUAUGAAAGAAGUCUCACUGGAGAGAAAUAUAUAUAUGGGCUUAUUCUGAUAAUCCUGUGAAAAUUUCUCAUGUAGUGGAGACCUGUAGGAAUCAUUAAUACAAAAUGCUUAAUGUCAGUAUUUCUCUGUAAAAUUUCCAGAAAAUACAAUCCCAGAUAGAAAUGUCAUAAAGCACAUAGAUUAUGUGUUUUUCAGUUAGUUACUUAAGUAUCUGGAUUAUUUUUCUGCACUAUUCAAUGUAAAAAUGCUGAGUUGGCAUAGUUAGGUAAUUUCUUGUGUGUUUGAGGUUAAUACAUAGUGUCUUUUAGUUAAACAUGGUAAAGUGUAUUUUUCACUUUCAAUUAGAGUUAGUAUCUGUGUCAGUUUUGUUUGAUCUCUACGAUUAGAAGUUGUAAGCCAUAAAAAACUAAUUUUGUUAACUCUUUUUUGUUAAUUGUUUGGAUUCUGCCUCUAUAUUUGUUUUAAAUUUUUGGUGUGUGCACUCUGUAUUCUGUGUAACACAAUAUGUUUGAAUUUGAUGCCAUAUUUUAUAUUAAGACAUUUAUUCAGAGACUUGUAAACAUGUGUUUUUGAGAAAGUUGAUUUAUAAAUUAGCAAGUUGUGUUUCUCAUGUCCUGACAUGAUACUCACUUAUAUCUCAACAUUGUAUAUCAUGUACAUAAUUUUGGCUAUUUUUCUUUCAUAGUAAGGGAAAUAUUAUCAUUUAUAUAAAAUUUUGCUUUGUUAAAAUCAAAAUUGUGCAUUACCUGUUUAUAUUGCAAUGGCUCAAUGUAGUGGUAAUUUUUCCACCAUGUAUUACAAAUAUCUACCAAAAAUAAUCCAAAGUGAUGUGAGUUUCUGAUUGCCACAGACCAGCAGGACUAUAACUCCUCUCCAAAAGGAUAUCAUGACCUAUAGUAAUCUCUCUGAAAUUAUAAAUGACGGUAUUAUCAGUAACAACACUUUCAAAGUUAUUUUUGUCAACAGUCUUGUUUUUGAGAGAAUCAUUGUAUUGAAUGUAAUGAGGCAAGUGCCUUUUUUUCCCCUGAUACUGUGAUGCAAUUAUAUUUUCAGUAAUAGUAUUAUUUGACACACAUUCUCACUGUGUAGUUCAGGCUGGUCCUGAACUCAGUAUGCAGUCCAGACUGGCCUCAUAUUCAUGGUGAUCCUCCUGCCUCAGCAUGCAAGCUGCUGGGUUUAUAGGCAUGCACCACCAUGUCUGGCCAUCAUUGUGUUUGCCUAAUAAGCUGAAAUAGUGGCAUGGAGGAAACCUUAACUGAUGAUAGUGUCAGUCAGUUUUGUAAAAAGUGGAAGUUACUAACUUGUAAUUCAGAUUGUGGUGUUUUACCAAUUUUAGAGAUAAAUUUGUACAAUACCAUUUUUCAUUAUUCAUAAGAACAACAAUGAUUGAGUGACAGAUGCCUUCAAACACACGCAAGGUGGGUGCAUGAGGGCCAGUUGGUCUCCUUUAGCCUAUAUUUUUAUUUUUUUUUUUGUUUUUUCUUUUUUUUCGUUUUUUUGGUACCA